AAGAAGGCUGUGGCCAAAGAAACAAAAGGCCACGGAAGCAAGUGAUUGGGUAAUGGCUGUGGCAAUGGCGCCUUGCAAUACAUGCUCCACACCGGUCGUCAAGGGUUGCAUUGAUACGGCAUCACAGCGCUUGAAUUCUAGUCUCCCGGGUGCGCUGAAGAAGUCUGGAUGUAAUGUUUCGGCAAAAUGCAAGCAGUUCGAACGAGCAAAGAAGUCUAAAAAGCACACGGAAUUCAGGCUACAUUCUUUCAGUCUAAUAGGCUUAUUCACGCUUGCUACCACCAGACCUGUCGAAGAAGUUUUCAACACCUGGGUGAUGAGCGAGCAAGAGAUAAAAAACAUGUGUAAGCAUAUGUUUAUUGCGAUCCUGUUCUCGUUCGGGUGCUGCGUUGCUGGCUCCAUGAUUGAUCCUUACUAUGAUGGAGACGAUUAUCGUCGUGCCGGAGGUGAUGGAUCCGUUCACUGGCAAUAUGACAAGACUGAAAGGGAAGAGAUAGAAGCUCGUGAAGAACUUUGGGAAGAGGAGCUUCAGCGGGAACUCGAAGAGAAAUCCAGGCUCCUGAAGCAAGUCGAGGAGAAAGAAAAAGAGCGGGUGUGAGGUAUGACUCCACUGUCUAUAAUGUAUAGAUUCGCUCCGCGCAGGUUUUUAAGUACGACACCGUGUACUGCCUUUCGCGGAAACGCUUUGGAUGGACAAGUCACGUCUUUGUUGGUUCUUACGUGCUUUUUUUUAAGGAGCAGAUUGUUUUUACGUGGAACAUACCUCAAGACAGACAGCCACCGGUUUUCGCGCUUUAGCCUGCGUGGAUAUCUGGUAUGGAAUUUCCUGUUUAGUUUUGCUUGCGAUGCUUCUCUCGCCACUGACUUUUGUAUGAUUGAGAAGAAUUUUCCCAGGACGAAGUAAACCUUUGCCAACGAAGCCGGUCUUUAAGCUUUUCUCGCAUUUCUUUUCGGUUCUAAUCAGACGCACAGGAGGUGAUAUGACACUGUCCGGGAGCCUUGUUUGUUUAUGAAUUUAUCCACAGGACCUCAGGAAUCGCGAGCACAUGAUUGGAACGUGAAUUCGGGGGCCCGACUUUAGUCCCACAGUGAUCAUCACAAGUGCUGCCACUGCGCUGCCGCCCACCCCGUUGCUUCUGAAACAUCAAAGUGGCACUUCUUCCUUCGGCCCAAGCUCUGAUAUUCCAAGUACGUGAUGUGGCUUCUGGAGAAGUUCUUCUAUUAUCAUGCCUUGGUGCUUCCACUGUUGCAAGGUUUUGUAGGUGACGCUAAAGCCAUACACGAUUAAUCGGUGGGUUUGGUUUGGUUGCGUUUGGUUCGGUCGCUCUCACCACCAAACUUUUGCAUCAGACCGGCGCAUUGGAUCCAGAGAAAGGGUCUUAUCCAUGGAAAGGGGUGAUGAGAGACUGGAACUAGUCUGGAGGACGACAGACAGGGAAAGCGAAAAAAAAAAGGCGAGAGAGAGAGAGAGAGAGGAAAAAAAAGAGAGGAAAAAGGGCAAAGAAUGUUACUUUUUUGCUUUUUAUAUCAAGCGUUUAAGCUGCUCGUCUUUAAUCUCC